AUGUCUUUACGCCAUGACUGAUAUGGAAAAAGAGCUGUGUCCACGACUAAUAGAUUAUCUAGUUGUGGUUGGCAAGCGCAACAGAAUAUGGCACGUUUUCGUAUUCCAUAAGGUUUUAUUUAAACUAAGGUCCUGUCCAUUCGCUAAUCGUCUAUCCGGAAAUUUUGAGGAGGCAUGUAAUUUUUUAUAUAUAUCGUAUCAACGUUCAUUAUUGUGUUCUGUUAGGUAUCCAACGGAUGAUCACAAGGAUUUUCAUCUCCCUGCUGACGUCACUGUGUUCUGUCAACCUGAAGGAUGCGUUACGAUAAAUGCUCACAGCAGGCGUGGACAGUCAAGGGAUCCACAGUUCUUUGUUUUCAUGUUAACAGAGAAGGACUCAGCAAAAAUUAGAUAUGGUGUCUGCCUGAAUUUUUACCAGUGUUCGGAGAAGCGAAUAUUGAAUGCAGAUCGAAAAGCUAGCAGAACAGAAUGCGGCAAGAGAGGAAGAGACCAUGCAUUAACGUUGACUAGCUUGUGUUUUAUCUCUCAUCAUCCUUUUGUUUCAAUCUUUCACGACAUUCUUAUCCUACUGAAGCAAAUUAUUGAUAGCUGUAGUUAUCGAGCGGCACAACAAACGAACAUCAAGGACAUUGCGUGGUCUGUCUUAACGGGCCAUUGGCAUGAUGCGAUUCCUCCGGAAGCAAUGCGAGAAAUUAAAGAAAUCGAAACAUGGAUUCUGAUGCUUUUAAGUUCGCCUGUACCAGUGCCGGGGAAGACGAAAGUGCAGUUAGAGGUGAUGCCGGCGGAUAUUUCUCCUAUUUUCGAAUUUGCUUUACCUGAUCACACUCGUUUUUCGCUUGUCGAUUUCCCAAUUCAUCUUCCCUUUGAAUUGCUUGGAGUUGACGCGGCAGUUCGUGUUUUGGCAGCCAUUAUGCUUGAAUUUAAGGUCGUCAUUCAAUCCCGAAAUUAUAACGCUGUUAGUAUGUGCGUGCUGUCUCUAGUGCAUCUUUUGUAUCCUCUUGAAUAUAUGUUUCCAGUAAUACCUCUGCUACCUGCUUAUAUGCCAUCAGCAGAACAGCUUUUGCUAGCUCCGACCCCAUUUGUAAUUGGCGUUCCGGCUUCGUUUUUCGCCCACAAACGAAUUAAAGAAGUGCCAAGUGAUGUGAUUCUUGUGGACUUAGACUCCAAUCAAGUCACUGUUCCUGAUGAUCUAUUCAUUCCGAAUCUACCUGAGCCAGAUGUGACAACGUUGAAGAAUAGCCUGAUAGCAGCGCUGAGCUCAAUGAGCUUGAGAGCUGAUAACGAGUGUGAAGAAAACUUAGAAGCUUGUUAUGCUGUCGACGCUGACAUUGUAGACGUGUCGUGCCGAGUUGCAAUGGUGAAAUUCUUCAACUCACCCAAUGUGUUUGGGAAUUUCUCGGAACAUACUCGAACUCUGCGCCUAUAUCCUCGUCCAGUUGUCGCUUUACAAUCUGAAUCGUUUCUACGAAGUCGUCCUCAGUGUACUCAGUUCAUUACCGACCUAUGUAGGACGCAGGCAGUGGAGUAUUUUGCCGAAUGUUGUUUAUGUCCGAGAAACGAAACGUUUGUUCGUGUACAGGCGGGUAUCGACAAUCCCACUCAGAUUGGAGAUAAAGCUAAAUGGUUUAGCGAGUCACUGAUGCCUGUUCACUUCACUGUUUACCCAAACGCUUCUUCAUUAUGUUCUGCUUACUAUGCUUACGCACGAGACAAUGGCGGUGUGGAUUCCGAAAGUGACGACAAUGAAUCCAGAUCGAUUGAUAGCUCAUCAAGUAUCGACGAUUUAGUAUUCGACGGACCCGAAGAGGGUGUUGAACGGGAUAUCAUAAUCAAGCCUUUGGCCGAGGUAAACGACGUUUAUAGAGAGCCGUUAACUUUGGAAUUGCCACCUAACGACAGCGCUGCAUCUACUGGAAGCUCCAUCAGCAGUGGGAGGUCCAGUCCAACGUCGUCUCUUUCAGCCUCUGCCAUUGACAGCGAGGCAGAUUUUGCUAGACUUGCCGAAAAUCUUGCUUUAAAAUCGGAUUCUAAGAGGAAUUCCCUUAAAAUUUCUGUUAUUCUACUUGACGCUGCGGUUAUAAGGAGCGGAAGUGAAUCACAACGGAAGCAAAUUCAGGGCUUUCCGUCACUAACAGAUUCUGGCGAAAAGGUUUUGGGUCCGACAUUUAUGAGCGCAAUAAACGGAUGCGCAGAAAGGAGUCAAGAUAUUUUUAGCCAGGUACUAAAUAGAACAGCUCCUAAAGCACAAGCUUUACGUGAACGGACGAUGAGGCCACUAGCUGCCGCUGCUGCUACUAAGAUGGAGCAAAGUCAGCAUUUAGUGAAAAGGAAAACGACUAUUAAUCAAACUAGUACUCAAGCCGCUUCUCAACAAAGAUUGAUGGAAGAUGAGAGCCUUCGAGAAUUAGUGUGUUCGAAACUGAAUCUUGGGCUGGAGCAGAGGUUGACAGAUGAGGAAUAUGUGAAGGAAAUCGUGAGCUACCCUCGCUCAUCAAUCGAUUCUCCAUUUAGCCUUUACCACUUUUCAUCUAUUAAUCGGUCAAAUACGUUAUUUAAGACUUUGACAAGGGCGCAGUAUAAGGGCUAUGUUCGAGUGCUUCAAGCGUGCAUAGCAGGAAUUGAGGUAUAUCCCCGUGUUUGUUUCUCAGUCAACAAUUUCCAAGCUUUAUCAGGCGGUUCUUCUCAGGUCUCCUUUAAUAGUCCUGGCUGUUGUGGUUUAGCAAGUGUAUUCCACGUGCUUGAGAUAGCGCACACGCACUACUGGUGUAAGGGAAACGAAAUUACAUCUCCAUCUAGUUCUACUCCAAGUGCGAUACCACCAGCUAGCCUACCAGUUGAAAAAGCAGGACCACAGAAAGUGCCAACGAUGCCCUUUGAACCGAUACGACAUUACAUUUACCAGGAUUUAAUACUUCCUGCACAAAAUCCUCUUUGGCAGAAGAUGGUCUUCUGGGAGAAUGCAUUCGUUGACGUAGUGGCACAAGAACGAGAUAUUGUGGGAAUGGAUCAGGAGCCAUCAGAAAUGAUUGACAGAUAUGCUGCUCUAAGCGAUUUCGAGAAGAAAAGGCUAGAAUUAGAAGAAGAUCGCUUACUGUCUACGCUGUUGCAUAAUCUAACGGCUUACAUGAUCAUGUGUGGUACUGGACAGAAGGCGAUUCAACAGAAAAUACGUCGUCUACUUGGAAAAGCGCAUAUUGGACUUGUAUGUUCUAAGGAAAUUAACAAAUUAUUGGAUGAUUUGCCUCAGACGCAGGGAAAUCUAAUUCCUUUAAAACCACUCGGAAGUCGUUUAGUCCAAAAGCAUUCGUUCACGGUGUAUGCCGGAUCAAGUUCUCAAGACGAAAUGAUGUUCAUGGAAGUAAGUGGAACAUGUUUUCACUUAUUUUUUUUCAAAAUUUUUAUAAAUGUUGUUCUACGUGCAAUAACUGGUGCCGUGACAGAGCGAUGGUGGUAUGAACGACUGGUCAACAUGACUUACUCUCCUAAGACAAAAGUUCUUUGUUUAUGGCGGCGACAUGAGGACAAAGUUCACAUGCAUAAGUUCUACACAAAAAAGUGUCGUGAACUGUACCAGUGUAUGAAGAACGCCAUGGAGCGUGCAGCUGCUCGUGGUCGGGUUUCAGUGGAAGGUCGUGCACUCGGUGGUGAAUUUCCCGUGCAUGAUACUGAGAAGAACCAGGGUGGACUUCUACAAGUUCGAUGCGAUGGCGUUGCCAUUAUUUUUGAAAACAGUCAGCAGUUCAUUGAUCUGUCUAACAUCAAAAAAUGCAACACUUUUGGUGGCAACGUUUUCCUUCUCGAAGAGUAUGAUCGAAAGAAGAACGAACUCGUGCAACGACGGUACUACUCGCAAAUGGCAGAUCAGAUUUGUUACGCGGUGCUCUGUGUGUUCAGCUUCGCAGCAGCUGGACACAAGAAACCUGAGUGA